AUGCUUUUAGAAGAGGCUGGGUGUUUCUCAUCGUUUUUGAGGAGCAUCAAGGAUCUUGACUCUCAAGUCGGCACUGUUUUUACAUUGACUAAUCUCUAUAACGUCCGGAACUUUUCAAUACUAUGCGAACAAUGCCCCAAGCUCGUUUACGUGAAGCGGGAAAACGCCUAUCUGCAGUGGCGUGCGCUGCCACGCGAGUUAGAAGGUACUCGCUGGAACGAAUGGGAAGAGAUUCAGAACCUUUCUUUCUCUCAAUCAUCUUACCUCGCAAGCCAAAUUGAAUUGAUUGUGAUCUUUGUCAGACUUCAAUCACCCUCUUUCAUCGGCCAUAUCAAAUUGAUUGCCAUCAUCAUGAAGGCCAACGGUUCCUUCGCAACAUCAGAAGCGAAUGCAUAUCGGUUAUCCCUCUCGAAAAAUUCCACAGGUUCAGGGAAAAAUUCGCGUGGAUAUGAAUUGGGUUAAAACAUCUUUUUUAAAGUUCAGCAAGACAUCCACUAUCUGGUCCUGCACUCUCACAAGCAAUUGCAGAGAAUCCACCAUUACUCUUGACGUGUAGGAUGACAGUUGAAGUACUAGUGACAUGAGUAACAAUGGUACGCAGGACUCAGGUGCGAUCAUUAUCAUCGUCAUUGAUAUCGCUAAUGAUAUUAAGAACGAAUGAUUUAUCGUUUGGUGGUAUAAUACAUUACAAUCUUAAUGU